AUCAUGUACCGCGUGUCAUUGGAGAAAAGAGUGAACCUUAAGGCAGUCACACAGUAACGCCAAGAAUAAAAACAUCAAUAAAAAUUAAAUAAAUUAAUUAAUAAAAUAAAAAAAUAUUACUACUGCGCAAACGGCAAAUUCUCCUUUGAAUCUAAGCACAAUCAGGAUCUCAUCUGUGCACUGUAGAAUUUAAAUUCAGAUCUGGAGCUGUUUCUAUUUAUUAUGAAUUUAUAUGAUCAGUAGAAAUGUCGGAAAAUCACGAUUCGGAGAAUUCUGGAGCUGUUGAAAAUGGAGCAAUUUACCCUCAAUCUUCGACUAAUCAGUCAAUACAGGAAGCGGAAUCUAUUGAGUUGUCUCAUGUUGAUAGCAAAGAAGAUAUGUUUAUGGAUGCUUCGGAUGAGUUGAAUAAUGAUAAUAGGGAAGCUGGAACUCCAACUGCGCGUGGAAAUGAGGGCGUUAUAGAGGAACAGAAUCCGGCAGCUAGACAGUUCGAUGACAUGGAUAAUAUUGCACACAAUAGUGGAGAUAAUGACAAUAAUCACUUUGUCAGUGAAUUGGAACGCAUGCGCGCUUUGCUGGAGCAGGCUGUUGAUGAAAAAGAGAAAUUUGAAAUCAGAUACAAGGAAGAGAGGGAGGCGCUUGAGAAGGAGAUUUAUAUGAAGGAUCAAGAGAUUGAAGGGCUAAAAGCGAAGUUUAUGAGUUCCAUAGCAGAAGCAGAGAAGGGGGUUUAUGUGGAGAAGAACCAGCAAUGUGAGGUUGCACUGGAGAGGAUUUUGGCUGCUCUUGGGUCGGUUGUUGAUCAAGGAGAAUUGUUUGGUGAUUCUGGUGGGGAGCAGAUUGACCUUGUUGAGAAAAGCACUUUGGCAUUAAUUGAGAAGUAUAACCAGUUUCUUUUUGAGGUUAAUCAACUUAGACAGUGUUUGACAAAGGCUGAGUCCGAUUUUGGUGUGCAGGAGUUUAGUACUGUAUUUGUUGCUGCACGUGAUGAAUUAUUUGAGUUCAGGAGGAAGGAAGCAGAGCUGGUUGCAAAAAUUGGUUUUCUGGAAGAUGAAAAUAGGAAAUUGCUUGAACAAGUUGAAAGUGAGAAAGGGACGGUGGAGAUGCUAAAUUCUGAGCUUGGAAAAGCAAAGACAGAGGCUGAGCAGGAAAAGAUGAGGUGUGCUCAUACCAAGGAAAAGCUGAGCAUGGCUGUGACAAAAGGGAAGGCAUUGGUUCAGCAGCGGGACUCACUGAAGCAGUCUCUGGCUGAUAAAACAAGUGAGCUUCAGAAAUGUUUGGUUGAAUUGCAAGAGAAGUCGAGUGCCCUUGAAGCUGCUGAAUUACAGAAGGAAGAGUUGGUGAAGAGUGAAAAUUUGGUUGCAUCAUUGCAAGAAUCACUCUUGCAAAAGACCUUGGUUCUUGAGACAUUUGAACACAUCCUGUCCCAGGUUGAUGUACCCGAGGAACUGCAGUCAGUCGAUAAUGUGGGAAGAGCUAGGUGGCUUGUUAAUGAAAGAAAUGAACUGAAGGGUGUUUCCUUGGACUUCUACAGAUUGAAAGAUACCAUUUGUGCAAUUGAUUUACCUGAAAAUGUCUCCUUUACUGAUUUAGAUUCUCGUUUGGGUUGGCUUAAGGAAUUUUUUUACCGGGCUAAAGAUGAUAUAAAUAUGUUGCAAAAUGAAAUUGCCACAACGAAGGAAGCUGCACGUGAUGAGAUUGAUCACUUGAGUGCUUCACUUUCGACUAUACAACAAGAGAAGGAUUACAUUAAGGAAGAGUUAGAUCAACUUGGAAUUAAAUAUGAGGAAAUUGUUGGCAAGAUGCAUCAGAUAUCAUUGGACAAGGAUCAUUUAAGUGCUUCACUUGCAGGAGAACUGACAGAGAAGGAUUAUAUUCAAAUGGAAUUGGAUGACCUCACAAGUAAACAUGAAAAGGUAGUUGAGAAGGUCCAUCAACUUUCAUCAGAGAAAGAUCAGAUGUUAAGGAUGCUGGUAGAGUGUUCUGGAAUAAUGAUGGAUGAUCAAGAGGGGAUUGAGGAGACUUCUUCUAGUUUACCCAUUCUAAUUGAUAGGUGCUUUGUGAAGAUAAAAGAACAAACGAGUGCCUCUUCGGAUACUCCUUUUGUGGAUGCAGAACUAUUUGAAAAUCUUCGAAGUCUCUUGUAUAUUAGGAACCUGGAGUUGAUGCUUUGUGAGGAAAUACUAGAAGAAGAUAGUCUGGUGAGGUCACAGCUGAAUGAUCUGUCAAAUCAGUUCACAGUGGCUUCUCAGGAACUUUUUGUGCUGAAGGAGGAGAAAGAUGUGCUGCAAAAAGAUCUUGAACGAUCAGAGGAGAAAUCUGGUCUGCUGAGGGAAAAGUUAUCAAUGGCAGUUAAGAAAGGAAAGGGAUUGGUUCAAGAUCGGGAAAACUUGAAACUUCUUCUUGAGGAAAAGAACUCAGAAAUUGAGAACUUGAGGCUUGAGUUACAACAGCAAGAAUCUACCGUUGCUGAGUGCAGGGAUCAGAUCAGUACUUUAUCUAAUGAUUUAGAGCGCAUCCCAAAGUUGGAGACUGAUCUUGCAGCUAUGAAAGAGCAGAGGGAUCAAUUCGAGAAGUUCCUAUUUGAGAGCAAUAACAUAUUGCAGAGAGUAAGCGAAUCAAUUGAUCGCAUUGUUAUUCCAGUUGAUUCAGCAUUUGAAGAGCCUAUAGCAAAGCUGAACUGGCUUGCUGGGUAUAUUGAUGAUUGUCAGACUGCCAAGACACAGACUGAACAAGAGUUGAGGGAAGUAAAGGAAGAGUCUAGUACCCUUUCUGUCAAGUUAGCAGAAGCCCAAGCAAUUAUCAAAUCACUGGAAGAUGCAUUGGCUGUUGCAAACAAUGAUUUAUCUCAACUUGCUGAAGAGAAGAGGGAGUUGGAAUUUGGGAAGAAAAAUAUAGAAGUAGAGUUGCAGAAAGCAAAUGAAGAAGCUCAUUCACAAACUAACAAGUUUGCUGAGACUAGUGAUGCUAGAAAGUCACUCGAGGAGGCGUUGUCACUGGCAGAAAAUAACAUUUCCUUGCUUAUCAGUGAGAAAGAGGAGGCUCAAGGUAGCAGAGCUGCUUCAGAGAUGGAGGUGGAGAAAAUGAGGGAGGAAGUUGCUAUUCAGACCAGCAGACUCACUGAAGCAUAUAAUGCUAUAAAGUCACUUGAAAAUGCACUUUCUCGGGCAGAGAUGAAUGUUGCUUCACUAACUGAACAAAGUAACAAUUCACAAGUGGAAAUAACCAACUUAGAGAAUGAGCUAAAGGAGCUAAAAGAUGAAACUGAGACCCAGAAAGCAAUAGAAAUAGAGUUGCAGAAAGCAAUCGAAGAAGCUCAUUCACAAACUAACAAGUUUGCUGAGACUAGUGAGGCUAGAAAGUCACUCGAAGAGGCAUUGUCACUGGCAGAAAAUAAAAUUUCCUUGCUUAUCAGUGAGAAAGAGGAGGCUCAAGGUAGCAAAGCUGCUUCAGAGAUGGAGGUCGAGAAAGUGAGGGAGGAAGUUGCUAUUCAGAUGUGCAGACUUACAGAGGCAUAUAACACUAUAAAGUCACUUGAAAAUGCACUUUCCCAGGCAGAGAUGAAUGUUGCUUCACUAACCGAACAAAGUAACAAUUCACAAGUGGAAAUAACCAACUUGGAGAAUGAGCUAAAACAGCUAAAAGACGAAACUGAGACCCUGGCUAGCAAGCUGGCAGAUGCUGGCACAACCAUUAAAUCACUAGAAGAUGCAUUGGUUAAGGCAGAAAAGGAUUUUUCUGCACUUCAAGGUGAGAAAAUAACUGCUGAUCAGGAGAUAUCAACUCUCAAUUCGAAACUGAAUGCGUGCAUGGAAGAGUUGGCGGGAACCAGUGGCAACUUUGCAAGCAGAUCCAUAGAGUUGAUUGGUCAUAUCAACAAUCUUCAAAUGCUCAUCGCAGACCAAAGUUUGUUGUCUACAAUAAAACAAUGCUUUGACAGGAAUUUGGAGCGCCUUAAAUACAUGGAUCUUACCAUUAAAAACACAAGGGACCAUUUGGUUGACAAGGAUUUAGAACUGCUGCAAGGUCAACCACUCAUGGAGGAUAUUGCCCAUCUGGCAAGACGUUUCUCCAUUGAUAUCGAUAAUACUGUGAACAUUGAGAUGGAGAAUGAUGAAGCAAAUGCAGUAAAUGCUAAUGAUGUUUCUUCAUGUUUUAGAAGGGCUGCAGAAGGGUUCCAGUUGCGAACCAAAAUCCUUGCAGAUAGUUUUGAAGGUUUUUCAACCUUACUAGAUGAGUCAAUAGCAGCCUUGUCAAAAAAAUUACAGGCAGCAAAGGACGAGGUAAAAAGUAUGGUCGAGAAUAUGGAAUCCUUGAAACAAAAUGUCAAAAACCUGGAAAUGCGUGAACAGGAAAAGGAGAAAGCUAUAGCCAUGUUACAGAAUGAUUUUGCCAUUUUAUUCUCUGCUUGUACAGAUGCAACUAGAGACCUGCAGUUUGAAGUUAAGAACAAUCUUAUAGAAUUUAGCUCUCUUCCUGGGCUUGAAAAAUUGAACCAUGUUUUGCAUCCAGAAGUGGAAGAAUUUGUUGGAGAUGACAUGGCUCAGACAGAGGUUGCUGGCAACAAAUAUGCUAAGACAGCUGAGAAGUUGUUGACUGCUACUAGAAAAGUUCAAAGUCUGGCAAAGUUGUUUGAAACUACAAGUACAGCAGUGGCCACUAUCAUUCAUAAUUUACAGAAAGAAUUGGAAGAUACCAGAAGCACCUCUGAGAAAGCCAUUGAAGAAAAAGAUAUAUAUCAAAGUAGGGUUUUCAAGUUGGAGAGUGAUGUAGAAGCAUUAGAAGAUUCAUGCAGAAAAGUGAAGCUUAAGUUAGAGGAUUAUCAAGCCAAAGAGGACAGAUGGAAAGAAAAAGAGGCAGAACUUUUAUCAUUGAACCUUAGUUUGUUGAUGAAAGAAAAAGAAGCUGAAGAGCCUCUCCUGUCAGCAUCUCAAUUAAGAACUCUAUUGGACAAGCUAAGUGGGAUUGAAACUCCUCUUGUCGAGUCAAAAGACCUGGAGCCCCAUACCUCAGCUGAUGUUAAGAAACUGUUUUCUGUUAUUGAUAAUUUCACUGAUCUGCAGAAUCAAAUAAAUUUGCUAUCUUAUGAGAAGGAAGAACUACAGUCUACACUUUCAAGACAGAUUUUUGAAAUUGAGCAUCUUAAAGAAGAAAUUGGAAAAAAUGUUAGAAAUAAGCCAGACUUGGAAGAGAUGAAAACGGAGUUUUCUGAGGUUACAUAUGGUUUGGAGAAGAUUAUUGCUGUCUUGGGAGGUAAAGAGUUUACUGGAGGCCAAAAUUCUGUUGGUAUGAAAGCACUUUUACCUGUUUUAGAAAAACAGGUUAAUACGCUGUUGUCAGAGGCUGAAAAUUCAAAAUCCAAAGCACAGGAACUUGGUAUCAAGUUGCUUGGAAGCCAAAUGAUUGUGGAUGAAUUGUCAACUAAGGUUAAGUUACUUGAAGAUUCUCUUGAGAGUAGGACUGUGCAGCCUGAGAUUGUCCAGGAAAGGAGCAUCUUUGAAGCACCUUCAGCACCCACUGGAUCAGAAACAUCUGAAAUUGAAGAUGCGGUAUCACGUGGAAAGAGUACAAUAUCUCCUGUGCAAUCAGCUGCUCACGUGCGAACUAUGCGAAAAGGAUCAACGGACCAUCUUUCAGUUAAUAUUGACUUGGAAUCUGAUCGCCUGAUAAACAAUGAGGAAACUGAUGAGGACAAAGGUCAUUUGUUCAAGUCUCUCAACACAUCUGGCCUCAUCCCAACACAAGGAAAGUUGAUUGCAGAUCGAGUUGACGGAAUUUGGGUAUCUGGUGGCCGAGCUCUAAGUAGUCGUCCCAGAGCAAGACUAGGCCUCAUUGCUUAUUGUCUUCUCCUGCAUAUAUGGCUAGUGGGAACCAUUUUGUAACGAAGAUUGUGAUCAUCAAUCCUCUGGACCAAAGCCUUACCAUUUCGUGAUCAGCUUCUGAAAAUUGUAUCAUAGAUACUAUCGUAGUCAUUCUUUCUCAUUCUUUGUUUUUCCCUCGUCUAACUCGUCUUAACAUAUGGUGCCUGUUAGGUUGGUAUACAUAUUCUUACCAGUAUAUAAAUUCUUUGCGAUAGCCUUAUUUUAGAAACCGCAGAGAAUGUAAGGUUCAAAUUGUCGAGGCAAAAUAAUUCGCAUUGUGCCUCUGUUGUCUGAAGUGAGACAUUGAGCAUAUGCAAUUUGUGAUGGAUCAUAGACAAAAUUGAGAUGCAAGUGUUCUUAGAUGUAGUUUUGAAA